UUUUUUUCUUCACGUUGGUAGGUAGCAGCUUCACUGGUUUCACCCUCCUCAUUACCUACUGCACUGGGCCUCCAACGAGCAGCUGUGGAGCAGUGCUGGCUGCUGUGCCUCAUCCUGGCAGCACGAGCCAUGCCAGCUCACAACAGGAAACUUUAUUAAACAACAGGAAGACCCUGCUCGAGCGUGGCCUUACAAAACACCUCACCCGCCCCUCCCCUUGUUCUCGCAGCACUCUGGGGCUGGCAGAUGGGGCUCUGACUCCCACCUCCGCACUGGACUCAGCACUGCCUCCAGCCCUCAAACAGAGGCUUAGCUCUGCUCCAAACCUCACCUGAGCCCUCAGAGCUCAGAAUACGGACGGCCCAGGGCCGAGCUGGAUGCUGAAUCGCUCCUUCUCCCUUUCUGCUCAAUAUCCCGAGCUCAGAAUGGACCUCCUCGACAGGAAGGGCUCCUGCUUGCAGCUGGCUGCCAUGCGGAAUGUGAACAUCAUCCUGCAGCACUACAACUUCUCCGGCAAGCUGACCAACCGGCACUCCCGGGAUGAGGGCAUGGGCCUCGUCCGCACCAUCUUCGUCAUCAUCAGCUGUGCCAUCAUCCUGGAGAACCUGCUGGUGCUGCUGGCCGUGCUGCGCUGCCUGCGGGCACGCCGCUGGGUCUACUCCUGCAUCGCCAGCAUCACCGUCAGCGACCUGCUGGCCGGCAUCGCCUACCUCUCCAACCUCUGCCUCUCAGGCAAGAAGACCUUCCAGCUGUCCCCUCAGCUCUGGUUCCUGCGGGAGGGCAUCCUCUUCAUCGCUCUGGCUGCCUCCACCUUCAGCUUGCUGGUGACGGCCAUCGAGAGGUACAGCGCCAUGGUGCGGCCGAUCGCUGAGAACGAGGCCAGCAAGACGCUGCGCCUGCGUGGCCUCAUCGUGUUCUGCUGGCUGCUGGCCUUCGUCAUCGGGCUGCUCCCACUGCUGGGAUGGAACUGCCUCUGUGAUUUCAGCUCCUGCUCCAUUCUCCUGCCCCUCUACUCCAAGAACUACAUCCUCUUCUCUGUGGUCAUGUUCAGCAUCAUCCUGCUGGGCAUCAUCGGCCUCUACAUCUCCAUCUUCCAGCUGGUCCAGGCCAGCUCGAAGCAAACCACCUCUCGGCACAGCCGCAAGCGCUCGCUCCGUCUGCUCAAGACGGUGUUGAUGAUCCUGGGCGCCUUCAUCAUCUGCUGGAGCCCCCUCUUUGCCCUGAUGCUCUUCGAUGUGUUCUGUGAGACGCACUCCUGCAGGCUGCUGCACAGCCUGGACUGGACCUUGGCUCUGGCCAUGCUCAACUCGGGCAUAAACCCCAUCAUUUACUCACUGCGGAGCGUGGAGGUGCGCCGCGCCGUGUGCAGCCUGCUGUGCUGCUGCUGCGUCAGGAUCGGGCUCUGCAAGCCUGGGAACUGCCUGGUCAUCGCUGACAUCAACUCGGGUUCAUCCACCGAGAGCUCCCUGCGCUACCGGGAGAGCUUCCGCAGCCCCAUAGCCCCGAUCCCACGGCCCAGAGCACCUCUCUCCAGCAACUCCAGCAUGAUGAGCAAUCUGCCCAGUCUCUGAGAGGCCAAAAGCGGCCCAGAGAUCCCGCCAGGACCUCAGGGUGCUGGGUGCGGCCUGUCAGAACUGUGUCAGAUGCUGUUCCACCCCCGCUACUGACUGUGGCCAGGCUUUGAGCAGGAGGUGGCAUAGAAACGUGCUCCUGGAGGGCAGUGAGGGAUACGGGCACAGGCUGGGAUAGAAGCUCUGCUCAGAUGGAUGCUGUGCUGGGGUAGGAGUGGGUGCUGCUCCAUGUGUGCACGUAUACAGGUGCUCUGGUGAGGGCAUUUAGCCCCACUGUGUCCCAUGGCACAGAGAUGACACUCCCCAUUUGGACUUGUAGGGGUUAUCAGCAGCAGCAGAGAUGAGAACUGAGGGUUGCAGGAAGCUGUACUAUCAGCAGCCACAUCUGCACCCAGGGCUCAGCGCCGCAGCCCCGGCCUGCGGGACAAAGCAGCAGGAGGGCUGCCGAGGUGCUGCAAGACCCCGGGCAGGAGCGGGGCGCUGAGAUACAGACACGGGAAGGGCGGUCCCAGGGGCGAGCAGAGCGCUGUGCCGUGAGAGCUGUGCAGGACAAUGCUCCUGGAAAGGGGCCUUCUGCAGAGCGAUGUAAUGAAGGAGAACAGCAUCCAACCACCCCCCAUCGCCGCGCGGGAAGCCAAGGCCAGCCAGGCCCUGCGGAGAAGCUUAAAACCUUACAAUAAAA